UUUAAUGUUUGGGAAACAAUGGCAGCUAUGGUCUUCAUUGACUUCCAGAACUGCUUCAUCCUGACCCUCCUCUGCUUGAUCUCACUACUCUGCUACUCUCUCUUCUUCAGGAAACCAAAAGACUCACCAGGAUAUGAUCUGCCUCCGAGCCCCCCGUCUCUUCCUAUCAUCGGCCAUCUUCACCUUCUCCUAUCUACUACAACCCACAAGUCUCUUCAGAAACUCUCCACCAAGUAUGGACCUCUCCUCCUCAUCCGGAUCUUCAAUGCCCCCAUCAUUCUCGUCUCCUCUGCCUCUGUGGCCUACGAGAUCUUCAAGUCCCACGACGUGAACGUCUCCACUCGCGCUCUUGCUGCCAUCGAUGAGUCGCUCGUGUUUGGAUCUUAUGGCAUCGUCAAUGCUCCCUAUGGAGAUUACUGGAAGUUCAUGAAGAAGCUCAUCGCCACCAAGUUGCUCAGACCACAAUCAGUCGAGAGGUCACUAGGUAUCCGUGCUGAAGAGAUUCAGCGAUUUUGCAGAAGUCUUCUCGAGAAGGCAAGGAAGAAUGAGAGCGUUGAGAUCAGUAAAGAAGCGAUGAAGCUCAUAAACAACACAUUGUGCAGAAUGAGCAUGGGAAGGAGUUUUUCAGAGGAGAACGGUGAGGCGGAGAAGGUUAGGGGCUUGGUGGGAGAAUCAUAUGCCUUGACAAAGAAGAUGUUCCUAGCAGCUUUGCUGCGGAGACCGCUCAAGAAACUUCGAAUCCCGUUGUUCAAGAAGGAGAUAAUGAGUGUUUCCGACAGACUUGAUGAGCUGCUAGAGAGGAUUAUUGUGGAGCACACAGAGAAACUAGACGAGAAGCAACAAGAUAAGGAUAUGAUGGACGUGUUGUUGGCAGCUUAUCGAGACGAAGAGGCAGAGUAUAAGAUCACUAUGAAUCAAAUCAAAGCAUUUUUUGUGGUAAAUUUUAUUCAUUAUAUCAAUUUCAUUUGAGGAUCCAUAUAAUAGUUCUAAAUCUUCUCAUUUCAGGAGCUUUUUGUUGGAGCCACUGAUACCUCUGUACAAACUACUCAGUGGACAAUGGCUGAGAUCAUUAAUAAUCCUAAUGUUCUUGAGAGGCUGAGAGAGGAAAUCGAUUCCGCUGUAGGGAGUUCAAGGUUGAUUCAAGAAACAGAUUUACCAAACCUUCCUUACUUGCAAGCGGUGGUUAAGGAAGGGUUAAGACUACACCCGCCUGGCCCUCUCCUGGUAAGGACGUUCCAAGAAAGAUGUGAGAUCAAAGGGUACUACAUACCAGAGAAGACAACGCUUGUUAUUAAUGCUUAUGCUGUGAUGAGGGAUCCUGAUUCUUGGGAAGAUCCUGACGAGUUUAAGCCUGAGAGGUUUCUAAGUCCUAAAGAAGACGAGAAAGAGCUAGCAUUUAAGUACCUUCCUUUUGGCAGCGGAAGGAGAGGAUGUCCUGGAGGAAAUCUAUCUCAAAUAUUUGUAGGAACCGCGGUAGGAGUGAUGGUGCAAUGCUUUGAAUGGAAAAUCGAAGGAGGUAAGGUCAAUAUGGAAGAGUCUUUUGAAGGAAUGAACCUAAGCAUGGUGCAUCCGCUUAAGUGUGUUCCGGUUGCUAGGCCACAAGCUUUUUCUUUUACUUGAAAUCUCUAGGUUCUCAGCUCAUGAGACUCCAGUCAAGAACAUGUAAAAGUUUGCUAUCAUAUGUAUCAGUGGAUCUUCU